AUGCCUGUGAAAUACAGAACACUAGGUCUUUUCCUUUUCCUGAACGAUCUCCAGGAAGCAAAUGAUCAUGAUGUAGAAGAUGAGUCUUCUUUUGAUAAAAAAGCGAUUGAACAAUGUUCCUUGCAACCACAAAUAAAUAUUGAACCAAGAGUUUCUGAAGUUCUUGAAAGCCCAACUUCAUCUCUUAGUAUUGGCUCAAUUCUCGAUACACCAAAAAAAGUUGCUUUGAAGAAGGAACUUUUUGCUUGCAAAAAGGCUUUUAACAGUAAAGAACCACAAAUUAUCAAACUUACGCAAACAAAAUAA